AUGUCCAAGUACAUUGCCAGAGCAGAAGUUGCCCAGCACAAAGAUCUUGACGACAUAUGGAUCAUUAUUGACUGCGGAGUGUACGACCUAACCGAUUUUGUGGAUGCGCAUCCUGGCGGGUCUGUCGCCUUGAAAGAGGUCGCCGGAAAUGAUGCUACGGAAGCCUUCUACAGUCUGCAUCGUCAUGAGAUACUGAAGAGGUAUGCCGGUCUGAGGAUAGGCAUGGUGCCCGAUGAGACGCCUGCUAUUGUUGUUCCCGGUCCCGGAGAGUUGAGUUCUGUUCCCUAUGCCGAGCCAUUGUGGCUCAGUAAAAAGUUCAACUCACCCUACUAUAACGACAGCCAUCGGCGAUAUCAGAGGGCUCUACGAAAAUUUGUCGAGGAAGAGAUGACGCCGGAAGCACUGCAGAAGGAGCAAAGUAGGGAGUAUAUCAGCCAGGAACUUACUGAUAAAAUGGCCGACAACAACAUCCUCGCCUGUCGUCUUGGGCCUGGCAAGCAUCUCCAUAACAGAAAGAUUCUGGGGGGUGUCGUAGAUGGACGGGAAUUCGAUUGCUUCCACGACCUCAUUACCUGCCAAGAAAUGGCCCGUAUUUUGCAACGAGGGUUCCAGGAUGGGAACUUCUCGGGAAUGUCAAUCUCCCUAUCGGCUGUAAAUUCAUGGGCCAAAAAGGAGUUGAAAGACAAAAUCUUGAGUGAGGUCUUGUCUGGCAAGAAGAAAAUAGCCUUGGCAGUGACAGAGGCGUACGCUGGAUCUGAUGUGGCUGGCAUCAGGACGACCGCGGAAUUGAACGGCGAUGGCACGCAUUACAUCGUCAAUGGGACCAAAAAGUGGAUUACAAAUGCUUGCAAGACCAAAGCAGGCUACACAGUUCUUGUCGUGCCGAAAGACUCCACCGUAACAUGCAGAGCAAUCAAGACCGCAUAUUCAUCUACAGCGGGAACAACCUUUGUGGAGUUCAACAACACCAAGGUACCACGCGGCUACCUCCUCGGGCAAGAAGACAAGGGGUUUGAAGUCAUAAUGAGCAAUUUCAAUCAUGAGAGAUGGAUGAUGGCAUGCAUGGUAACCCAAACCGGGCGCACAGUGGUGGAAGAAAGCCUUGAAUGGGCACACCAACGGCACGUCUUCGGCGCACCUCUCAUAAAGCAGCCAGUGGUGCGCUCAAAGCUCGCAAGAAUGAUCAGUCUCACCGAGGCCAACCAAGCCUGGACCGAACAAAUUACUCGCCAAAUGAAGGAGCUUUCGUAUCAUGAUCAAGCCAAGUACUUGGCUGGCCCCAUCGCCCUCCUCAAAACAUUCACGACUCGUGGAGCACACGAGAUUGCGAAUGAUGCUGUACACAUUUUCGGUGGCCGCGGUCUCACGCAGACGGGAAUGGGUCGCGUGGUUGAGAUGUUCAGCCGCACUUACAAGUACGAUGCAAUUCUUGGUGGGAGUGAGGCAGUGCUCGAGGAUCUUGCUGUUCGACAGGCAACAAAGCUCAUGCCAAGAGCGGUGUUAUAG